AAUAGAUCGACUCAGGCGCACGCCGUUCGCGCAAGGAUCCAUGGAGCGUUCCUAAUUUAAAAAUCGAACUUUCAAACUGAAAUGGAACUUUUUAUAGAAUUCUCUCGAUCAAAAUAACUGUUAAGUGAACAAAAUGGAAUUCAAUAUGAAGUUUAGUGUUGUGUGUGUGUUAGUGUUAUGUAGUUUUACUUACGGUUUCGUGGACGAUAUCCCUAAAAUAUCGAAGCUAUGCUGCGACCAGGGCACGUCGUACGCCAGGCUGCAUACGUCAGAGGACUGCAAAUCAUCAGCUCCGCCGGCUGUGGCACGGGAUUUGGGCCCACUGUGCUUGUAUGCCAUGGAUGCUUGCUGUAAACAGUAUUUCCAGAAGAAGAAAGAGUGCGACACAGGUGUCGACAUUGCAACGAGCACACAAAAUUGUGACGGGACCAUUGAUACCGUACAAUCAUGCUGCAACGAGUGCAAGAGAGGGGUAGAAGCUGCCGGCAGUGGCAACUCCUGCAGUGCCCCAGAAGGAGAAAGCCAAGACCAAUUGCUUUCUGGAGACGCGUUUAAGCAGUGUUGUGUGAAAACCGUCGACCAUAAUAAGAAGUUGCAUAUAGAGCCUUUGAACCACACGACCGCGGGGAAGCCUGCGCAUCAUGUGUACCCUGCUAUACCUUCAUCAAAAGAGGUAUCCUCGCUGUGUGAAGAGUAUGCUCCGAACGAGCUCUGCGCGCACCACUGUAUCCCAGUACCGGGCUCGUAUAAAUGCGAGUGUAACCCAGGAUACAAGCUCAUGCCUGAUGGGAAGAACUGCAAGGAGGUGACGAAAAACCGCUGCAAACCCCGUAACCCCUGCCAGCAUAAAUGCUACGAUAACGGCGGAACCGAUGUCCAGUGCUCGUGUAAACGGGGGUACGAGCUGAUGGCUGACGGAAAAAGUUGUCAAGAUAUAGAUGAGUGCACGCACGCCCCGCCGGUGUGCCUGCCCGGUACGAAGUGCUACAAUGUCCACGGCUCCUACAAGUGUAUUCCAGUGAAGAGCCAUGCUGCUGAGAAGGGACAGUGCCCUCCAGGGUUCACCAGGAAUCUAGUUAACUUUGCUUGUGAUGACGUCAACGAAUGCCUCCUUUCGAGUCCCCCCUGCCCGUCGUACCUCUGCGAGAACACUAUAGGGGGGUACAAGUGCGACGGCGUGUCGGGAGACCCGGCGAACUUGGCCAACAGACCCAGGGUUGUUGAAGAGAGGUGCCCCACUGGGUUCAAGACUGGCAUGAAUGAGGAAUGUGAUGACGUGGACGAGUGUGCAGAACACAAGGAUGAUUGCAACCAUCUCUCUCAGUUUUGCAUCAACACCCACGGCUCCUUCUAUUGCCAAGAUCAGGCCUCCAAAUACUGCCCGCCAGGAUUCAAGAUUAACCCUAGAACGAACAUGUGUGAAGAUAUUAAUGAAUGCGAAGACGAGGAGCUGUGUGGAGAUUUAACGUGCACUAAUCUAUUAGGACAGUACACGUGUCAACAGAAACGGGACAGGAAAAAAAAUCAAUGUCCCGAUGGUAUGCGACUAAGAAGAGGAACUAGUAUUUGCGAAGAUAUUGACGAAUGUUUGGAAGGCACCCAUCUCUGCGACCAGUACCAGACCUGUCACAACACCAACGGGAGUCACGAAUGUCGAUGCAAGCAGGGCUUCGAAGCUGAUUUGCUGACUGGAGCAUGCGUUGAUGUUAACGAAUGUGCGAGUGAAAGUCAUGACUGCGUCCCUCAGUCGCAGCGCUGCGACAACACUGUGGGAUCUUAUCUAUGCAUCCGUAUCACAUCCUGUGGUACAGGCUACAUUCUUCAACAUUCAACGGGACAAUGUGAAGAUAUAAACGAGUGCGCGCUUGGCCAGGACGACUGCAAGCGGCUCGGGCCUAACUUCAAGUGUAUGAACAUCCCUGGGUCCUUCCGGUGCUCCCGGGUCCUACCCAGCACCACCACCACUACGCUUAACCCGGAUUAUGAAUAUUAUUACGAUUCCGACGAAGAAGAAAUUAACGGAACUCUACCAGAAACGACCAGUGCAAAACCAGAACCAUCCACACCUAAACCAGAACCAUCCACACCUAAACCAGAACCCAUACCAACCAGUCCUUCUCCACCUACAACCUCAUCAACAACCCCAGAAACGAGAUCAGAGCGCCCUGAAGACAACUUCGUCUUCACAGACAAGGACCCAGACACCAGAGACUUCAACUUCGGACCGAUACCCACACCAUCUACUUAUUACGAAACCAGCCAAGAACCAGAGAAGCCACAGCCUAAAGAAGAACAACCACAAGAAUCAGAGAAGCCACAGCCUAAAGAAGAGGAACCACAAGAACCAGAACCACCUAAACCUGAAGAAAGACCAAUUGAACCACGACAACCUGAUCUAGUUGAACCACCAGUUCCUUUACCACCAGAAGUAAGGAUACCACCAACUAGUCCUAAAAUAGUAUUUGUUAAUAAGAAAGAUGAGGAUACGGCGACAGUAGAGGCUGAGAGGAGACAGGAUGGUUCAGUGUUCGUCGAUACACAGGACUUGCCUGAAGGGGAGUGGACGAAGAUUAAUGCGAAGCCUAUUCAGUGCCAGAUUGGGUUUGAGCUGGAUUCAUUUGGAGCUUGUUUUGACAUCGACGAAUGCGCCACCAACCGCCAUAUCUGCACCAGCUUCGAGACCUGCCGUAACACCAUGGGGGCCUACGUGUGCGAUUGCAACGAGGGUUACAGAAGAGACCUGUUCACCGGCAUGUGUGGGCCCAUACCUACCACGACACCAGUCACUACUCCACCAACGCCAGCUACUACUCAGAGUACAACUGUGGCUCCAACUAAAGCUACUACACCAAAGUAUGAUUAUUGGGGUUCCCAUCGUAAAUUGCCACGGCCAUUCCGACCCCGGAUUCGUUGUGACGUGGGCUACCAUCUUAAUCCUACCACGGACCAGUGCGAAGAUGUGAACGAGUGCGUGAACGGCCAGGCCAACUGCGCCGCCGUGGAGAUCUGCGUGAACACGGAGGGCGGGUACCGGUGCGACUGUCCUCCGAACUGGGUGCUGGAUGCGACGCGCCACAGAUGCGUACCUGCCAGGAAUGUUCAUGGAUUCCCGCAUGGGUACGGGAAUGAGCCAGAAUAUCAACCUCCAAUCGAGCUGGAUCCUCCGGCGAAUAAGGGCACGAAGUACGUGAAGCCCAUAGUGACUGACCUGGGUAACCGACGGAAGGUUGAGUGCCAAUGGGGCUACAGGCUGGGAAUGGACAAUAUUUGCGAAGAUGUCAACGAAUGCGCCACUGGAGAAGCGAAGUGCGGACCAGAGCAGUACUGCACCAAUCUGCCAGGCGGAUACCAGUGCAGUUGUCCUAAAGGACACAGACUUGCUGGUGACCAUGAGUGUGCUGAUGUAGACGAGUGUGCUUUAGCUGGUAACCAGUCGAUAUGCUCCCAAAAUGCUAACUGUGUGAAUACAAUUGGCUCCUACCAGUGUCAUUGCCACACAGGGUUCAGAUCGGCACCCGCCAACGACAAGGUGUGUGUCGACGUAGACGAGUGUUCAGAGUCUCCAGUAGGCUCUCUGUGUGAACAGCGCUGCAACAAUGUCUGGGGCGACUAUAAAUGCUCCUGCCAUCGCGGGUACAGAUUGAAUAAAGACAACAGAACGUGUUCCGACGUAGACGAAUGCACAGAAUAUAAGUCCAAGAUCCUCUGCAUCGGACGCUGUGUGAACGAGCCUGGUAGCUAUAGGUGUACGUGCCCGGCGGGCUACAGACUCUCUGAAGACAAGAGGAGCUGUGUUGAUAUCGACGAGUGCGAAACAGGCGAAGCCCCUUGCGCUAGUACCGCGGGGACAGUCUACGGCGGCGUCAGUGACGUCUGUCUCAACACUCGCGGCGGAUACCGUUGCGAGAGAAUCACGUGUCCGAGAGGGUACCAGCUCGAAAGUAAACAUCGCUGCACAAAGAUUGAAAAGGUCUGUGCGCCCACAGACUGGGAGUGCGCGCAUCAGCCUACCACCUACUCCUUCAACUUCAUCACCUUCGUGUCCAAGUUGUACAUUCCUGAUAACAAGGUGGAUCUAUUCACAAUGAAAGGUCCAGCGUGGAAAGACGUGAGGGAAAACUUCGAGCUUCGACUAAAGGACGUGAACGCGCCGCCUACCGUCAAAGACAAAGCCGACAUCAACGCAUUUCUUUUGACGAAAACCGGGCACCAGGGUAUGGUGUCGCUGGUCCGGCCGCUGCAAGGCCCGCAGAGCAUCGAACUCGAACUGUCCAUGGAACUGUACAGUGGCGACAUCUUUGGAGGAAUCGCUGUCGCCAAACUGUUCAUCUUCGUAUCCGAACACGAAUUCUAGUCCUGGAUUUCACUUUAAUUUAACCCCUUUAGAAAUUUUGACCAAUAACUUUUUUAGAAUGAGUUAAAGUCACUUACGCGUUAUUGCUGUGGACAUCAUAAAAUAAUGAGAUGGUCUUUUAAUUGGCAAUUUAAAUUGAAUUAAUUAACAAACUUUUUGAUCAUCUUUUUGCGGUUUUCCAGAAUUAUUAAGACAAUCGAGCGUUAUUGUGAGGGCUCGAAUUCACUUUCUCGGAAAUGUAUUGUGCUAAGAGUUAAUUGGCUGUUAUAUAAAAUCGUAUGACAGCGACAACAUAAUAAAUCACCAUCAAUACUAUCAUGCUGUCCCUGUUACACGAUGUUAUAUAACAUUUAACAACAAUUUUCUCAUAAAUAGGCCUUAUAUUUUCAAACAUUUUGGGUACUUCUUAAUUAUUUGUGUAAUAAAAGCAUUAAAAAUGGUGCCCAAAUCGUUACUUUUCAUAAUGUCGACAGGAACGUUUAUUCCGAACGUUUAUGAUCUAUUUGCCAGCCAAAAACCGAACAUAAAGUUAUACGUGGGACACAAGGAGUUACAAGUUUGUCAAAAAUGAAAUUUUUGAUACAUUAAUUACACGGUUUGAUUGCGAAAGUGCGGUUUCGCACUACGUCCGAUCCGAACCCGUGAAAAUAUGUUUCAAUAAAGAAAUCGGAUGACGGAGAUCGGAUCUAGUGCUUAAAUUACCAUAUAAAUAGUUCUACGGUUAUUACGGACCAUAUUCGGAUCGGAUUCGGAUCGGACGUAGUGCGAAACCGCUCUAAGACUACGCCCGAAAUCUACCUGGGAAUUCAAAUCAUUUCCCAUUGAUCACCUGGGUGAUCUAAUGAGAUUCUCUUGGUGAUCGUAAUUUGAAUCAACAUCUUAAUAUUAAAUAUCGUAAGAUGUUAAUUCCGAUUUUGUUUGUGAGAAAAAAAAUCUGAAAGUUAUCUAGACUCGUAAAAAAUUAAAUUCGUUAUAUAGUUGGUCAAGCAAAUCUUAUCAGUAGAAAAAGGCGCCAAAUACAAUUUUUCUAUGGGACGAUAACUCUGCGCCUACAUUUUUAAAAUUUUCCGCCUUUUUCUAGUGACAAGAUUUGCUUGACCAGCUAUAUUUAUGUACGUAUUUUUUAUGUACGUAAAAUACAUUUUUGUUUUGUCUCCGUGAGAAUGAAUAUUUUUUGCUAGUUUAUGAAAAAUCAGUUUCACUUAGUUUUAAGCAAUGUGUUUUUUAAGUGAAAGUAUACGAAUACUUUAUUAUAUUUAGUAGAGAGGACAAUAAAUAUUUUUC